AUAGACAACAGAAACACCAUUGUAAUCAUUGCAUUGUGAGUUUCAGGUGUGUCCUGGCGCCCCUGCGUACUUUUGCCGGAUAGCCACUAUGAAUUAAUAAACAAAAUACUCAUGGUCGUUAUAACUGCAUAUUUACUGUAUGUAGUAAUAGAUUUUAGGCGAUGACAUGAGAAAAUGCAACUGAAUGGUUAUCCGGCACCGAGAGUGUUUUCAGAGUGGAGAGAAAUAAAGGUCUCCAAUACAGACGGUGGGGGCGAACAACGCAGAGCUUCAGUUCUAUUUUGCGUCGAGGGAGGACGGACAGGUUUUACUGGGAUUAUCCUUAACAACGUUUACGGAGUUAAAUGCUUGUUUGUGCCUUGCCCCUUUUUAGAAUUAAAUGGUCUCCACGGGAAGAGCAGAAUUGAAUGGGUGCUGUUUGUUCUCUCAGUAACCUGUUAUAAUGCAGACACUGAAGGGAAAGGCGGAAGACAGACGGGUGAAACAAAGCUUGAUGCUAAAACUGAUCAACGAUCAAAAAGCCUGCCCUAACCAUGGUGGAUCCAUCCGAUGCAGAGGAAAAAGCAAAAAGCAAGGAUCCAGCAUCUGAAUGCUCGGCUACAGCCUCUGAGGCCUCCAAAGCCUCAAGUAGAAAUGAAUCUGAAAGUAAUGCUGACCACUCAGUCCUAGGAAGGCAGAGAGAGCAGUCUCCCAAGCUGCACCUCGAUCUUUUCAACUUUGACUCUCCCGAAGCAGAAGGCAGCCGCUAUGUCCUCACCAGUCCUUGCUCCUUGGAGGCCUGUGCCCGCUGUGGAGUCAAACCAGUCGAGCUGCUGCCACGUCCUGUCAAUGACUUUGUGAGAGAAGCCCCAGGUCGCUCCAUGAGAGUGGCUACUGGCCUGUUUGAGGUCUAUGAAGCCGAGAGGCAUGCAAAACUCAAACAAUGCCGUAUGGAGCGAGAGAGAAUCAUCCAUGAGGAAAAGCGACAAAUUGUGAAUUCUGUUACAAGCAGUCUGCCAUUGUCUCCUGUGGGAAGACCCUUAGCUGCCAGUGCAGGGCCUAGCUGUGUCCGAAAAGCUGCCAUCAAAAGCCAAAGCCCUGCAAUAAAAUCUGAUGUUGCAGGUCCUUUCUCUAUUCCGAAAGUUUGCCCUGUCAAAAAAGCUCUGCCUACAGUAACUAAAGUUGUUUCCAGCUCUGCAGUAGCUGGUGUAACAGCAUCUGCUAAUGGUACAUUGGAAGCUCCUGUUUCUCUGGCUAAUGGACAUGUAGCUAAGCCCAAGGGUAAAGGAAAAUGCCAUUCGCUAGAGUCACUGCAGAAGAAGCGGGACACAUGCUCAUCGACCACCACUCGCACCUCCUCAGAAUCAGGGGCUUCCUCAUUCAGCUGGGACACCCCACAGGAGAAGGAUAAAUGGCUAAAGUUGUCCAGCCCCAGAGCACGGACUGUGGCCACCCUGAACUCAUUGAUGGGCCGCAGCCUGAGCCUAGGGGAUCUUAGCCACUCGCCGCAGACAACUAAGAAAGUGGACAAGAUAGUGAAGGAGGUGAAAAGACGGGGAUUGAAGGAGGUACCUGAGCGGGACCGCAAGAUCGCUGCUUUGAUGUUGGCCAAGCAUCAAGAGGAGGACAUCAUUAGCCGGACCCGUUAUGUGGCGCACCUCCAGUGGGACAGUGAGCGGAGGCUAGAGGAGAUGCGUCGGGAGCGGGAGGAGUGGGAGAAACAGAGGGCUGUGCUGCAGUGUCAGAGAAUGUGGCACGCCCAGGUGGCCAUGCGGCAGCGCCGCCUUAGUCAGGAGCAGCAACAGGCCACCAUCCAGAAGAUGCUGCAUGUAGCAGAAAGUGAAGAGAGGUGGAAAGAACUGGCAGAAAUGCAGGAACACUCCAGGCAAGAAAAGCUGCGCCAGGCUGCUCAGGAGCAGAAACAGAAGAAGUGCCUCCAGGAACAAAACCUCAAAGCCUUGGAAGAAGAACGUCAAGCCAUGCUGGAGCAGGAACAACUGCUGCUGCAGGAGAAGCUCACCAUGGCUGAGCUAAAGAAGCAAGAGAGGGAGCAUCAGUUCCAGAAGGAACGACGAGGCCUUAACAGGGCAGAGAAGAUGAGGCAUGGUGCUCUGAUCAAGGAAAUUGCCGGCAGAGAGGUGGAGGAAAGGGAGAUGGCCAGGAAAUCCAUGGAGUUGAGGCUGAGCCGGUCCAUAGAGAAUUAUGAACAGAUCCAAGAACGACGCCAUCAGAAGCUGAAAGGGAAAGCCAGGAAGGAAGAACAGCAGAUUCAAAAAGCUCGACAGGUGGUAGAGAGGAAGGAGCAACAACAGAAGGAACACAUAGAGGCCCUGGCACGGGAGGCGGAACGCAGGGCCCAGCAGGCAACACAGGUGGCUGAAGAGAGAGCCAAGGAGAGGGCCUUCAAGGCCGUGCAGAGUCGGUUAGAAAAAGAAAAGAUUCAGAGGAUGAACCGGCAGCGAGUGGAGGAGUUGGAGCAGCAUCGCCGACAGGAACUCCUACUGUCCAUUGAGAAAAAACUGGAGAAGAGUGAGCAGAUAUUUCGUGAAAAGAGAGCGGUGCUGGAGAGUGCCCGUUCUGUUGCCAGGGCUUCUUUUCAUGUGCGAGACCGUGUACGGGAGGAAACCAACAUGCGCACCUUUGACAAAAUGGCCCUGGAGGCCAAACUCAAAGCCAGCCUGAAUGAAAAAUAACCUCUUUAUGCUGGACUGUCCUAGGUAUUCACAUUCUCUGCAGACAAAACUCUAAUCGGCUCAGAAUAGGCCUAAUGUGAGUCUCACUAAGAAUAUUUACUGUAUAUUUAGCAGUGACCACUUCUCCAAAAUAGUUUUUCACUUAAGGGCAUAGCUUUUUUUACCUGUCACCUUCACCCUGGGAAAUGUGAAAGAUUUUUUUAAAUGUAUUAUAUCAGUAAUCAGUCUUGUCCCAUUUAUAUUGGAAGCACAAGUAACACAUUUAAUAAGAUUUGAACAAUUUAAAGAAGGUAUUUUAAUUCUUAUUUGUUUAAUGUUUUAAACUUGGUGUCAUGUAUUUCCACUGUGACUUUAUGCUUAAAAGUCUUUGAUUAAUAUUUCAAACCAUUCAUACCUGCAUUUAAAGCACUUUUGAAACAAGACUUUACAGUAAGAUUACCUUACAGUAUCAGCUCAUAUUUUCUCCAUAAGCUCUUGCUUUCAUAUUUAUUUUGAAGACAGUGGUCCAGAUAUUUAAGGAAUAUCACCUCACCACACUAGAAAACAAAGUUAGCUACCAAACCAACUGUUAUGAAAAUAAUGAAGUAAUAUUCUUUACAUUUUCCACAUGUCUCUUAUUCUAUGCUUCCUUAAAGAAAGUACAUCUGACGUGUCAAGGUCUAGCAAAGUUAACAUCCGCAGUGGGAUAUUUACCAUAAGAUGUCUGAAGCUUCUUCCCUUUUACUAAGUGCCUGCCAUAAAGCUGAUUGUGCUGCUUAGAAAUUAGUGACUACUUCUACACUUGUUGCUGUGAAGAAGAAUGCACAAGUCUUUUUCAGCACUCUACACUGAUCUCAGAUGUGUGGUUUGUUACAGUAGUUUACUAGUGUGCUUUGUGCAAAACAUCUUCUAACUUGAAAAUUGAAAAAAAAAUCCUCAUGUUCCAGUGUAACUGUAAGCAAAGAGAACAGGUGUUUCACUGCAAAGUUCUUAAGCACUGAAGCAGUAUCACAGCAUUGUUCUCAUUCUUCAUGUUUAAAUAGUUCUUUGUAUCAGGUUGACACGUAUAUAGACAGAACAUGCACGCCUUGUUUCAAAAGAGUUUCUGCAUUGUCACCCAUUUUCCUUGGCACAUAUUCUUAUUUGAACAGUUUAAAUAGUUUUUUGAUUCUUGCUAUGUGAAAACCAGCUUCAUGCUGUGGUGAAGGGAAGGAAGCCACUGAGCUCAGAUGAUCUAGCCUCAAGCCUGAACUGCGCACACAUUCACUGUAUAUUCCUUCUGCCUCUUUUUAUUUUAAUUUGGUUGUUCAGUUUGAUUGAAAAUUUCAGAGGAAAUCUGGUGAAACAGGUGAAACUAAAUGACAAACAAUUUGUGAAUAACACACAGCAUAAUCUAUAGUUCUACAAUGAUAUUGAUAAUUUAUUAAAAAGUUAUAUUUAUGAAUGUGUUGCCAGUGCAUUAAUGAAAAAUGAUGUCUGAGUCGCCUAGUUUCCUGUUAUUAAAUCUCUGAUCAAGAAUAAUUUAUUUGUGUUCUUCUCUAAUGUUCUAUGUUGAAGCUCACAGAAGAUGCAAACUCCCACAUGGACACGGACUGCUAUUGAUGAGCUCUAGAAUAACUCCCUGCACCCUCUCCUAUCUUUCCCCUGCCACAGACCUGUGCACAAGGUACCUCCUGCCAGCACAUGUAGGAAAAUACUGUUAAAAAAUAAAGCCCUUGUGUAAAUCUG